UACCUCAGGUUGUACCCAAACUAAGCUACUUUCACCUGUGAAGUCGUCUAGAAAUUCAGAGCUCCCAGGCUGACGAGGGAAGUAGUGAAGAGUUGGGAUCACACUCGGGCAUUUUGGGAUGGCCUCUUGGCACAUUGCUUGUUAUUCAAGAAAACUGGGAUGUUCAGGCAACCAGUGGAGUGGUUAGGUGUGCUCCAGAGAAGGUCCUGUGGGUAAUGUGGUGGGAGAAGGAGGGAAGAGAGGGUGCUUUUGUGUGGCACAUCUCGCUCCAGCACUGCUCUGCCAGGGAGGUCUGUGUGUGCCUUGUGGUUCUCGGUCCUUACACAAAGGUCACAGAGAUUUCUCCAUGCCCUUUCUAUGUUGAGGGCUAGGUUUGUUCCAGAUGAUUGCUCUUGUAAAUUUUUCACUCUGGUGUUACACAGCAGUGCUGUGAUCAAAGAUUAAAUCACGCCUUUGCACCGGCUUGCAGUGUCAUCCCUUUCUUUCCCUGAUGAAGUCUUGAUUCAUCUGUACUGGACUUACAUGCUGACCAAAAUAACCUCAUAUUCACUAGUUAAAGUAACACUGAUGGACAUCUCUGCCUUUGAAACAUUCUAGAUGUGUAAUUUGCGUUAAUUUUAUUAAGACUGCAGAGCUCUUCUGUCAUGAUUACUGGCGAGGUUUCUGGCUGGCUGCAUCAUUUCACUCUCAAGUGAGUAUCAGAAACCUGUACCAGUCUCAUAUGGUUUUAAUGCAUCUGCAUGUUAUCCUUGUCUUGUACUUGACCAGAGUAACACCUUCAAGUGCUGGAAUUUAAAAGGUCUGGUCUAUUGCUAAAAGUUUACAAAUUGUACUUGAGUGACAAUUCCAAAAAACCCACAAAAACCAUAACCAAACAAAAAAAACCCCAAACAAACAAACCCACAAAAAAACCCAAACCAAAAAACCCCCUAAAAACCAAAACAAAAUGAAACAGCAAAACCCUGAAAAAAAUCACUUCUUGAUUUGUGAGCAGUUAAAAAAAUAAUUACAGAGGUUGGCAAAAGAGCUGGCAUUCCAGGUUUAUCUGCUGUUGGGGGAUGUGCUUUAAUGUACUCUCUUGAGGCAUGCUCUGUCUCUAAUUUGUAAAAAUAGGAUCCUGGUAUGACUUGUUCUGUAUCUUAGUAUUCCUUAGUCUUCUGUUGUCUGACCUCACUAUUUUCAUAUUUUGUUUUUUUUUACUCUUUAAUCCACCUGAGAUGCAGCUGGGGCUGUGCUUGUGCUGCUGGGUCCCAAAGACCUGACCUGCUGGACACUGUUUUGCCCAGGCUGUGGAUUUGGGCAGGCAGCAGGGCACAGAGAGGUGGGAUGUGCUGCCUUGUUCCGUGGUGAAUGAGACCAACCUCAUUUCCUAGGAAUGAGAAGGGGAGAUAAGAGGAGAGGAAUUGUGUAUCCUUUCAGCAGCCUUCUGUUAAACUUGGAAUACCACAGCUCAAGCACGUGAACAGAUGGAUAAUGGAGACUGGGGAUAUAUGAUGACUGAUCCAGUCACGCUAAAUGUGGGUGGACACAUGUAUACGACCUCCCUCACAACUCUAACGAGAUAUCCUGACUCAAUGCUCGGGGCCAUGUUCAGGGGAGACUUCCCCACUGCCAGGGACUCUCAGGGCAAUUACUUUAUUGACAGAGAUGGACCACUUUUCCGUUAUGUUCUUAACUUUUUAAGGACCUCAGAGCUCACUUUGCCACUGGACUUCAAGGAGUUUGACCUGCUCCGGAAGGAAGCAGACUUCUAUCAGAUUGAACCCUUAAUUCAGUGUCUUAAUGACCCCAAGCCGCUGUAUCCUGUGGAUACCUUUGAGGAGGUGGUGGAGCUGUCCAGCACCCGGAAGCUUUCCAAGUACUCUAACCCGGUGGCUGUGAUCAUCACGCAGCUCACCAUCACGACGAAAGUCCACGCGCUGCUGGAAGGCAUUUCAAACCACUUCACCAAGUGGAAUAAGCACAUGAUGGACACCAGGGACUGCCAGGUGUCCUUCACCUUUGGGCCAUGCGAUUACCACCAGGAAGUGUCGCUGCGAGUGCAUCUCAUGGAGUACAUCACAAAGCAAGGCUUCACGAUCCGCAACACCAGAGUCCAUCACAUGAGCGAGCGUGCCAAUGAAAACACAGUGGAGCACAACUGGACUUUCUGUAGACUGGCACGGAAAACAGAUGACUGAUUCUGACUCCACAGGAGCCACUUCAGUGAUUAGCAACUUAAUUGGACAGUGAACCCAAGAGAGUCUGGAUUUUGACUAAAGCAACAAUAUGGGCUUUUUUUAUACGAGUAUUUAUUGUUUAUCAGUGAGGACUGGAGGAGUUUCAUUCUCUAGCAGCUCUGUUCUUUUGUCCAGUUCAGAAAAAAAACCGUGCAUGUGCCUGUUCAGUCAAGACACCUUUUUGUUUGAAAGAGGGAGUCCGAAGAAUCAGUACAAUAGGGUAUUUUGUGUCAUUAACACAAUUCUCUGACUCGACUCAAAGUGCUAAAAUUACCUCUUGUUUAAAUGGUUUCUAAUCCACCUAAUGCUAUGACACUGGGAGCAAGAAACAAAAAAAAGAUUUUAAAAUGCAGUUGGGGAGAAGCUGCUAUUGUGUAGACUAAUUUAGUUUCUAAAUCAAUAAACAGUAUUGUAAUAUUCUAGGAAAACAAAUCCCACCCUUUAAAAGUACUUGAUAAGUACAGUUUCUUACAGUUAUGACAACUGUUUCUUUCUAUGCAUAUAAAUCAAGCAACCAAAUAUUAUCUGUAGCCAUGGAAAUAUGAUUACAAAUAUUUAUAUUGGAUUCUAAAUGCAAAAUGUCCCUGUGGUAGAAUUCAUAUUUUUAAUGCCUGGUGCAAUAUUAUUCCCAAGUGUAAUGCCUGCCAGAAGAAGCUAAUAAAAAUGUGAAAUACAGAAUACUGUUUUGUAUUUUCUUUUUGUCUUUUAGAAUUCUCAUAC